AUGGAUUUCCGGCGCAAGAAAGAGGAAGAAUCUGCCAGUGCACCGAAAGGGUCUUCUGCCGCCAUCAGCGAGGCUUUGUUUCAAGGAACCAAAUGCAUAUUUGAAAAAAUAUCGCACCUGGCUAAGGCUUCCGAAAUGGAAAACGAAAUAAGGAGAAACAUGGAUGAAUGGAAGACUUGUACGAUUAAAAUAGCAAUUUCGGGUUCAUCUGGAACGGGGAAAUCCUCUUUCAUUAACGCAUUUCGGGGUCUUCAAGAUUACGAUACAGAUGCCGCGCCAGUUGGUACAAACGAGACAACAAUGGACCCUACAGUACAUAGGCAUCCAGGAUAUCCAAAUAUUGAACUAUGGGAUCUCCCUGGGGUCGGAACUCCAACAUUUCCGAAAGAAACAUACUUACGGAAAAUAAAUGUCGAUACGUAUGACUUCUUCUUGUUAAUGACUUGCACGAGAUUCUAUGAUGAUGACCGUUGGUUGGCCAAAGAAAUUAUAUCCAGGAAGAAAAGAUGUUAUUUUUUAAGGACAAAGAUUGAUGACGAUAUAAGAAAUGGCAAACGUUCCAAAAAAGAUUUCAAUACUGCCGAAUGGCUUGAAGACAACAAAAGAAAAAGUCUAAAAGAUCUGUACGACGGUGGGGUUUCCAAUCCUGUGGUUUUUCUCAUAAGCAGUGCGUGGCCAAUGCAAUACGAUUUCGUUGCGCUUCAGCAACAGCUUAUCGAUGAUUCUCCCGCACUAAAAAGGGAAGCAGUUGUGCUGUCUCUUACAGCGAUUUCAGAAAAAAUGUUGAAAGGGAAACUCGAGGUCUUGAAAUCCAGAAUAGGUAAACAUUCUACCCUUGCAGUUCUUGGCUCAUUGGUCCCCAUUCCGAUCGUAGGUUGGAAAGUUAACUAUGCUGUGAUGAAGAAUGCAGUUGAAUUGUACAGGGAACAGUUUGGAAUAGACGACAAAUCGUUGAUGAAAGUCGCUCAUCAAAAAUGUGUUUCUCUCGAAAAGCUUAAACAAGAUCUUUGUCUGGAAUCUGACAAGAUUUUUCGAUCACAGGGCGAUUUCUUUAACUUUUGUGAAGAAGCAUAUGAUCAGGCACUUGUAGGUACCUUCGCAAAAGCUAUCCCGAUCGUUGGAAGCAUAAUAUCGGCAGUCAAAACCGCUCCAGCUGCUGCUGCUAUACAGAACAAACUUCUCGAUCUUUGCUACAAAGAGGCUUGUCGUGCAUUCCAAUAUCAGUCGGAAUAG